GGCCUCACAAGGGGAGGGCAACCUUUUGAUAUCUGCUUCUAAAAAGAUCAAGAAGACAGUGUAUACUCACUCUUCCACCCCUGUCUCUACCCGUUCUCAAGCUCUUAAGGAAGCCAUGGGGCUUCAAAAAGUUUCCUUAUGAUUUUGCUGAAUUGGAAUACCCGUGGUCUACUAUCUUCGAGUAGCAGACUACAAAGUAUUAUCACUCAAUGGAACAUUUCUCUUUUUACAGUCUUUGAACCAAUGGUUUCUAUAACUUCUACUGAACUUUACAAAAAUCAGCUCGGUUUUAGUCAUGUUUACCCGAAAAUGGACAACAGGAUUUGGGUUUUCUGGAAGGAGGACUUAUUCACCAUUGACAACAUUCUGGAAUCAGACCAAUAUGUCCAUGUUAAAGUCAUAGUGAGAGACCUUGGAUACACUUUUUGGCUAACCAAUGUGUAUGGAAAAUACACUAGAGGUGAUCGGUCAAGGCUAUGGAACAACCUGAGAACCUGGAAGGACGGAAACAACGAACUAUGGGUGGUUGGCGGUGACUUUAACGUCAUUGGUUCCCUUGAUGACCACCACGGUAAAACGACCCCUAAACUUCCUGAAAUUACUGAUUUUACCCAGUGCAGAGAUUACUACAACUUGAAUGAAAUUUAGUUCACAGGGAGCAAAUACACAUGGACCGGGGUCCGCUCCUCUGGCAGGGAAUGGAGGAGACUGGAUAGGUAUUUAGCUAACGAUGCAUUUUUUCAAUUAUUUGAAUCCAUUAAUGAACACCACCUAAGCAGGGCCGACCAUACUCCCAUUCUCCUAUCAUGCAAUAAUACAAAAUUUAGUGGACCCAGGUGCUUUCGUUUUCAAAACAUGUGGACAAGCCACAACACCUUCCUUGAAACGUUAUCUACAAUUUGGAACUCAUUUCCGCCAGGGGGAGGUAUGAGGUACUUCUACAAUAAACUUCAAAAAACAAAAAUGGGCCUGAAGCAAUGGAACAAGUCGACAUUUGGUGAUAUAUUUGAAGAAGUGAAAAGGGCUGAAAUUGCAGCCCAAAUAGCGGAGGACGAAUUUUUGCAUAACCCAGGACCAGAUUCCAGAACACAGUGGUCCAAAAGUCAAGCUCAAUUACUUCUAAAACUUAAACAAGAGAAGGAGUUUUGGAAGCAACGGUCAAAAAUCAAAUGGCUAAUGGAAGGGGUGGCCAACACAAAAUUCUACCACAACUUUGUUCGACAAAGGCGUUGGCAUCAAUCCAUCCAACUCAUUGAGGAUGACUUGGGCCUGACUCACUCGGAUCAGGAAUCCAUUGCUAAGAUCGCCACUGACCAUAUUCAGAACUUAUACUCAAAUGUGCAAGACACAUCCACAAACAUGGACACAAUGUUGGACCUUCUACAGCCCAUCAUCACAUCUGAGGACAAUGUCUACCUUACUACUAUUCCAACCAAACAGGAAAUUAAGGACACAAUGUGGGCACUGAACCCAGACAGUAGUGCUGGUCCAGAUGGGUUCAACGGCCAUUUCUACAGGAGUUCUUGGAGUAUAAUAGAGAAUGACCUAACGGCAGUCCAAGAAUUCUUUCUGGGACUACCCAUGCCUAAGGGACUUUCUUGGACGCUCAUUACUCUCAUUCCUAAAGCUCCAAAUGUCAAAAAGUUCAGUCAAUAUCGCCCAAUCAGUCUAGCAAAUUUUAUCAAUAAAAUUUGCACGAAGAUCAUAGCUACCCGUCUUAAAACAGUCCUCCCAAAGAUCGUCUCAAACGAGCAAAUCGGAUUUAUGGAGGGGGAGGACAUCCACCAUCACAUCCUGCUAGCGAAAGAAAUUCUACCCCACCUGGACAAUUCUGUAAGGGGUGGAAAUAUCGCAAUCAAAUUGAAUAUCGCACAGUAGGAACCGUAUGAAUCGUAGGAACCGUAUGAACCGUAGGAACCGUAGGAUCCGUAUGAACCGUAUGAUCCGUAUGAUCCGUAUGAACCGUAUGAACCGUAGGAACCGUAGGAACCGUAGGAUCCGUAGGAUCCGUAGGAUCCGUAGGAUCCGUAGGAUCCGUAGGAUCCGUAGGAUCCGUAUGAUCCGUAUGAUCCGUAUGAUCCGUAUGAUCCUUAUGAUCCGUAUGAUCCUUAUGAUCCUUAAUCCUUUAUCCUUUAUCCUUUAUUUUUUCAGUCAUUUAACUUUUGUUACGAAUUAUUUUGUUUCACUU